UUUUUAAAAUUUGUAAAAAUAAUAAAUAAAUGGAAAUAAAAAUACUAAAACUGGCAAAAACUCAAGAGAGGCAUCAUUAAUAUUCUUAUUUCCUCAUCUGAGGGAUAGAGAGAGAGAGAGAGAUGGAACAAGUAGUGGUGAUAGUGAAAAACCAAGCAAACACCCUCCCAAUCCCCAAUGCUCAGAUUCUUCAACCAUUCAUAGCCCUCUUUGGUUUCUGAGUAACACACACACCUCCCCAUGCCCAAAUCCAAACCAAACUAUUUCACAAUUCACAACUAACCACAAACCCAAAAUCAACCCAACCUUGAAAAAAAGAAAUGAAAAGAGAGCAUCAGAUUUAUCAUCAAUAUCCCUAUCCAGACCCAUCAUCCAUGGCUUCCACCUCUGCCGGCGACUGUGGCAAAGCCUCCAAUAAGAUGUGGGAAGAAGAUGCCCAACGAAUCGACGGUGGGAUGGACGAGCUUCUGGCCGUGUUGGGGUACAAGGUACGGUCCUCUGACAUGGCAGAGGUCGCCCAGAAGCUCGAACAGCUUGAAGAAUUCAUGGGUAGUGUUCAGGAAGAUGGCCUUUCGCAGCUUGCUUCUGAUACCGUUCACUAUAACCCUUCGGAUCUAUCGACGUGGCUAGAGAGCAUGAUCUCCGAGAUCAACCCACCUCCCAAUUUCGACCCUUUAAUGGCUGUUGCCGCUGUACCGCUUCCUAAUCAGCAGCAACAAGUCCAACUCGGCGACGACUCGUUCUUAGCUCCGGCCGAGUCCUCCACCAUCACCUCCAUCGAUUUCCGAGAUCAACAGGUGAGCAAAUCACUGAGCCCACCUCCUCCACAAACUCAAAAUCAUCAUCCUCACCAUCAGGUAGUGUUCGACGACUGUAAUUCCUCUUCCAACUACUACGAUCUCAAAGCUACCAUGUUCACCCAAACCCACCACGAUUCUUCGUCCCGGGAGGCCAAGCGACUCAAACCCUCAUCUGGGUCUUCUGCCUCUGACCUCGUCUUCAACCGGCGCACCGCCUCUUCUCUUCCGCAACCACAACCCCUCUCCAUCCCCACCACCGAGUCAUCAACUCGCCCUGCCCUCCUGGUCGACUCACAAGAGAACGGGGUCCGACUCGUUCACGGCCUCAUGGCCUGCGCGGAAGCCGUACAGCAAAACAACCUCAACCUGGCCAAAGCUCUGGUGACCCAGAUCGGCUACUUGGCAAUUUCUCAAGCAGGUGCUAUGCGAAAAGUUGCAACCUACUUUGCCGAAGCUCUAGCUCAAAGAAUCUUCAGAGUCUACCCUCAGUCCCCAAUCGACCACUCAUUCUCCGAUAUGUUGCAGAUGCACUUCUACGAGACCUGCCCGUACUUGAAAUUCGCUCACUUUACGGCCAAUCAAGCCAUCCUCGAAGCCCUCCAAGGCAAAACUCGAGUUCAUGUCAUCGAUUUUUCGAUGAACCAAGGGAUGCAGUGGCCGGCGCUGAUGCAAGCCCUGGCGCUCCGACCCGGCGGGCCACCUGCCUUUCGGCUUACGGGUAUCGGGCCUCCGGCGUCCGACAACUCCGACCAUCUCCAAGAAGUGGGCUGGAAGCUGGCCCAAUUGGCUGAAACCAUCCAUGUGGAGUUUGAAUACAGAGGGUUUGUGGCGAACAGCUUGGCUGAUCUGGACGCGUCCAUGCUCGAACUCAGACCGAGCGAGGUCGAAUCGGUGGCUGUUAACUCGGUCUUCGAGUUACACAAGUUAUUGGCUCGCCCUGGCGCGAUUGAGAAGGUCCUGUCUGUGGUUAAGCAAAUGAAGCCGGAGAUUGUCACCGUGGUGGAGCAAGAGGCAAACCACAACGGUCCGGUUUUCAUGGACCGGUUCAACGAGUCGCUGCACUAUUACUCGACUCUUUUUGACUCGCUGGAGGGCUCGGUGAACAGUCAGGAUAAGGCGAUGUCAGAGCUGUAUUUGGGGAAGCAAAUCUGCAACGUGGUGGCUUGUGAAGGGGUGGACCGCGUUGAGAGGCACGAGACUUUGACUCAGUGGCGAACCCGGUUGGACUCGGCCGGUUUUGUGCCGGUCCACCUUGGGUCGAACGCGUUCAAGCAAGCGAGUAUGCUGUUGGCUUUGUUUGCCGGCGGGGAUGGGUAUCGAGUGGAAGAGAACAAUGGUUGUUUGAUGUUGGGUUGGCACACUCGCCCACUCAUCGCCACUUCGGCUUGGAAACCCGGUUGCGACUCGGUGAUGGCUCACUGAGUCGAGUAGCGAGUUGGGUCAACUUUAACUAGCCUUUUUUUAUUUAUAAAAAAUUUGAAUCUUCUUUUUGCUGCCAACCAAACACACCCUAGUGGUGUGGUGGUGGGGUAUGAAAUGAAAUGUGUCUCUCUGUGCAUUUGUGAGCUGGGUGCGACAAUGAGAUUGAGAUUGAGACACCCCCACCAAAAAGCCCCACCAUUUAGGUCCA